AUGUCAUCAAUGACAAUUGGUACUUCAAUAUGGGAGGAUGCAAGUUCUAAUGGCGCCAAAAGCAGAAAGAGGCCAGCUGAGAAGAAGCCUGCCUCUACGGCUGCAAAGGAGAAGAAAGUUGACAAGGCUCCGGUUGAAAAAGCUUCCCAAGCAUCUUCUGACAAGAAGAAGAAGAGCGUUGAGACCUACAAGAUUUACGUAUUUAAGGUCUUAAAACAGGUUCUUCCCGAUAUUGGUAUCUCCAGCAAGGCCAUGGGAAUCAUGAACAGUUUCAUCAACGAUAACUUCGAGAAGCUUGCUCAGGAAUCCUCAAGGCUUGCAAGGUACAACAAGAAACCAACUAUCUCCUCCAGAGAAAUUCAGAUUGCUGUUCGAUUGGUGUUGCCAAGAGAGCUUGCUAAGCUUGUCGUUUCUGAAGGGACUAAGGCUGUCACUAAGUUCACAAGUUCUUAGGGUUUCAUAUGUUGUAGUCAUCGUUUUUAGGGUUUCAUCUGGCUCUCUUUUGCUUAAAUUGGGCUCUUUUGAGUUUGUAUGUCUCAUUUA